CAACAGAUAUGCCCACAUCCCAUCCUUCUUCGUCCUUUCAUGUCCUUCGGCAACAAUAAAACCACCCCAUCAACUUACGAGUCUUGCACUUUUUGGUAAUUGCUUAGCGGUACUAUAUCAUUACGAACAUACUUUUGAUUGACUCCGGCACCCGAAAGGCUGGCGCACAAAUUACACACCGAAUUUCAAUACUUCCUGCCAACAAUAUAAGUAUGGAAACUGCAAUGAGAAAUAUGUCUCGUUCAGUUGAUAGCACCAAAGGAGAGGCUAUUAUCUCCGAAGAUCUCUAUUCAAUGGAGACUACAUCAACCUCGGACAGCAAGUCGUAUGAUACGACUUUCUCACAGACUCGCUUUCCUUAUCAUUCGCCAUGCCAUACCACUCCGUCACACUCACGACCCUCAACCCCAAGCCAAUAUCAAAAAAAUAUAACUGAUGCAGAGCUUCGUGGUAUUGGAGACUUGGAACAUUCGUCCAACUCAACUCACUUCAAAGUCGGAAUGUCAGACUCUGUCGAGCAUCGCCAGCACUUUCAGUCUGACAGGGACGCCAAUUUCCAUAUUGUUGAAAGUGUUCCAUUUGUUCCCCCUUCGGCAGAGAAUUGGAACCCCGAUAAAAACGGAACUCAGAUGGCUUACCAUUAUGGUGUGGCUACUCCGAAUGGACUACGACCCUCUCGUUCUAGCCCGAAUACCAGCACGGCUGACGGAGUGUUGGUAGACCCAGCGAGCCCUGAUUCGUUCAGUAUAUACGAAGAGUCCAGUAACUCAGAUGCGCUUUCAGAUGACGAGGAUUUAGAUCUAGAGAAGUACGCAGGUGAAGCGUUGUCAGGAUGGUUCGGCAUAGAUAUUCGCCGCCUAUCACGGCCUGUUCGUGUUUACUGUGCCUUUGAAGAAGUGAAAAGGCAGUGCGCCGAUAUAUUGCAAGAUGAAGGAUAUUGCUUACAGGGUACCCCAGACGAACAAGAUAAUGAGGAUAGCCAAGACGUUCAAAUGGAUCCAUAUGACGCUGGGGAGAGCAGUGGGUCAAGCCAUCUUGGUGGAAGCCUCGCCGACAAAACCAGCACUUCUCCGUUCAAUAACAAGAAACCAUCAAGUCACAACCUUAUUCAACAAGGAUCAUCCCCAGAGAGUUCUACUAAAGUUAAGGGGAAAAACAAGAAGAACCAAGUCGAUGAACAACUUGCAUGUCCCUAUAGGAAGCGUAAUGCUAUUCGAUUUAAUGUCCGUGAGUAUCCGAAAUGUGCGAACACCUCGUACCCAAACAUGUCCCAAUUGAAAAAGCACCUGACAUCUACUCAUGCCUUUAUACGAACCGAUGCCAAAAAUUCGCGAUGUGGUAGAUGCCGCAAAACUUUCCCCAGAGAAGAGAUUAAGGACCAUAUCGAAACAUGCGAUUAUCCACCGCGGACGCAGCUAAAAUCAAUAUCGAGCAGCCUGGACACAAACCCCGAGGACGGAUUCGAUAGAAUUAUUGAAUCUCGGUUGGCCAGCAGGGGCCCUGAUAGGAUCAUAGAGUGGACAACAUUGUACAGGGCUCUAUUUCCAGCUGAUGAGGAGAUACCUAAGCCCGAUUUUGAACCGGUUGUUGAAAACUAUGAUGUGGCUGAGAACUACAAGCGCACUAAGCCAACAUUAGUUCGAUAUAUAGGUGAACUUAUCUCUCAGCAUCACCUAGGAUCACUUCUAAACUAUGACCUUGGUGGACACAUAAUAGAUUUGUUCGAGAAAAACAUCAACAACAUUCUCGAGCGACCGAUGGGUAUUGUCAAAAAUCCAAACAACCACGAAAACUACUCUCACCAUGAAACACGGACGUUCCACUCUCCAGAGAGUGAAUUUAUCCAUAUUGGUACAGAAAGUCUCGAGAGCAUUAACAUCACACCGCAAUACCUGUCUCCAACUGAUAACCAAGGACAAACCCUAGAAGAGUCGCAGCAAUUCUUCGAUCGUCCUCCAAAUGUAAACUUCUUGCCCAGUUCCUCAACUUCACAGGCUGCAAUGGAUACUUUCAACCCCAUCUUACUAGGAAGGAGCCGCCCACCCCAGAUCGAAUCGCAAUUUGACAACUCAUAUUUUUCCAGAGGGAACAAUACUUACAGCGGAAAUAUUCCAGUCGCAGCAGCCGAACCGACGUCAUGGAUAAACGAGGAUCAUAAUCAUGCCCGGAUCCUUCCACCGUUUGGAGAGACCAUGUUAUUACAGGAAAAUGGGAAUCCUCAGAACAACGAGAACAUUGAAAUGGCAGACGAUCUCUGGUAUACGAAUGGGUAUCAAUUUCCAACCAAUAACCAUGAUUAGCAACACCCAGAUCAAAAUUGUUCGGGACAAUUCCAUCCUAUCAACAUGAAGGAAUGGUAGCAGUCGAGCUCAUCGAGAACUUGAUAUAUUACUCACAAUGUAUGACCUUAUUUACGUUACUAGGUUAUAUUCAGUUGCGUGAGGGUUGUUAUUUUGGCGCUCAUUUGUUUCAAGCUCAUACUCGUCUAUUUGGAGGAAUUUCAUGUAUUCUAAGAGCAUAUCUCAUCUCAUUCUCAAAUUACUCCCGUUUUAUCUCCUACCACCUACAAUUCUAUUUCAUAUACUAAUGAGACUUUUCCGGGAUUUGCCUUAACUUAGUAGAGGCGCUGCUGAUUUGAUCGGGAGUAGCACCAGGCACUUACUAUAAUUAUCCUCAACUUUCAGCUUGAUAACAAUGAUCAUGUUAAGAUAG